AUGAGCAAAAACAUAAGUUCGCUCUUGUACCUUGUGGUUCCCUCUUUAAGCCUCCCCACCCUUUUGUCAUCGCCUCAUCACUUCAUCCCCUCUGCCCUCCCCACGGCCUUCUCUCCUUUUACACCCCCCUGCUCCCCUGUCCUCCCCACCCCCCCUUCUCCCGCCUUGCUCACCUCAUCACUUCAUCCCCUCUGCCCUCCCCACGGCCUUCUCUCGCUUCUCCCUCCUCCUCACCUCACAUGCUCUUCCUUACCUGCUGCACCUCCCCCCCCCCCCCCAACCCCCUCACCGCCCUCCCACCCCUGCCUAACACUCUCCCCCACGGCCUUCUCCCCUUUUACACCCCCCUGCUCCCCUUUCCUCCCCUUCCCCCCUGCUCCCCUUUCCUCCCCUUCCCCCCUGCUCCCCUUUCCUCCCCUUCCCUCCUGCUCCCCUUUCCUCCCCUUCCCCCUGCUCCCCUUUCCUCCCCUUCCCCCCUGCUCCCCUUUCCUCCCCUUCCCUCCUGCUCCCCUUUCCUCCCCUUCCCCCCUGCUCCCCUUUCCUCCCCUUCCCCCCUGCUCCCCUUUCCUCCCCUUCCCCCCUGCUCCCCUUUCCUCCCCUUCCCCCCUGCUCCCCUUUCCUCCCCUUCCCUCCUGCUCCCCUUUCCUCCCCUUCCCCCCUGCUCCCCUUUCCUCCCCUUCCCCCCUGCUCCCCUUUCCUCCCCUUCCCCCCUGCUCCCCUUUCCUCCCCUUCCCUCCUGCUCCCCUUUCCUCCCCUUCCCCCCUGCUCCCCUUUCCUCCCCUUCCCCCCUGCUCCCCUUUCCUCCCCUUCCCUCCUGCUCCCCUUUCCUCCCCUUCCCCCCUGCUCCCCUUUCCUCCCCUUCCCCCCUGCUCCCCUUUCCUCCCCUUCCCCCCUGCUCCCCUUUCCUCCCCUUCCCCCCUGCUCCCCUUUCCUCCCCUUCCCUCCUGCUCCCCUUUCCUCCCCUUCCCCCCUGCUCCCCUUUCCUCCCCUUCCCCCCUGCUCCCCUUUCCUCCCCUUCCCCCCUGCUCCCCUUUCCUCCCCUUCCCCCCUGCUCCCCUUUCCUCCCCUUCCCCCCUGCUCCCCUUUCCUCCCCUUCCCUCCUGCUCCCCUUUCCUCCCCUUCCCCCCUGCUCCCCUUUCCUCCCCUUCCCCCCUGCUCCCCUUUCCUCCCCUUCCCCCCUGCUCCCCUUUCCUCCCCUUCCCUCCUGCUCCCCUUUCCUCCCCUUCCCCCCUGCUCCCCUUUCCUCCCCUUCCCCCCUGCUCCCCUUUCCUCCCCUUCCCUCCUGCUCCCCUUUCCUCCCCUUCCCCCCUGCUCCCCUUUCCUCCCCUUCCCCCUGCUCCCCUUUCCUCCCCUUCCCCCCUGCUCCCCUUUCCUCCCCCUUCCCCCCUGCUCCCCUUUCCUCCCCUUCCCUCCUGCUCCCCUUUCCUCCCCUUCCCUCCUGCUCCCCUUUCCUCCCCUUCCCCCCUGCUCCCCUUUCCUCCCCUUCCCCCCUGCUCCCCUUUCCUCCCCUUCCCCCCUGCUCCCCUUUCCUCCCCUUCCCCCCUGCUCUCCUUUCCUCCCCGCCCCCCCUUUCUCCCCCUCCCCUCACCUCAUCACUUCAUCCGCCUCCGCCUUCCCCACGGCCUUCUCCCUCUUCUCCCUCCUCCGAGCAUGCGCUCUCAGCACCUGCUGCACCUGCCCCCCCACCGCCCCCCCGCUCUGCCGGGCCAAUGCCGCCACGCCAGCUGUCAGCAGCAGCAGCUCAUCGGAAUACUCCAGGCCUGGGAGAAGAUGGGGAUGGGUGGGACCGUGUGGGAUGGGUGGGACCGUGUGGGAUGGGUGGGAGAGGGUGUGGGCAGGGGGAACGGAGGGGGCAAGUGUUUUGGUCCGGGCAAGCGAAAGUGUGGAUUCGGAAAGGACUCCAAACCCUUGGAAGGUUCUCAACCCCUUUCUGACUCCUAA